GUAUUGAUGAAGCGGCAAGAGAAGAUUGCUAGAAGACUGUAGCUUGACGCACAAGACUUGUUCAUACUUUGAGAUGAGUUUUUUUUUUUUUUUUGGCACGGAAGCUUUGUAGAUACUAGGAAGUUAAAACUUACGUAUUUGUAUUUGUAUUUGUAUGGUGUUAAGAGUAUAGAAUGUUCUAAAUAAAUACAAAAGCGUUGGUGAGUUAGGAUCUUGUAACGCCUGUGGGAAACGAGAAGUAUAUCAUCGUUUACAUCGACAGUGGCUGACACGUUCAGGAAGUUGUGAGGUCUUCAAUUACAAAUGCUGACACUUGCCCAAAGUUUUUAGUUUUUACUCAAAGUAUUCUCCUCUCUCUCUCCCUCAUCUUCUUGUUUCCUUCAAAUGCUUCAAAAUUUCAAGCAUUGGUUUUUAUUAUAUAUGCACAAACUCAACCUCGUACGACUUUGAAGAUAGGAUAUGGAACGUGGAGGCUUCCAUGGCUACGGUAAGUUGAACACCACCAACAAUCCAGCGAAGUUUUUGAUGGCGGAGAGCAGCAGCAUGCAGCUAUCAGAACUCAACCACCCUAACAAAACCGCUAACGGCGGGGGAGAAGAGGAGUGCACGGUGAGAGAGCAAGACAGGUUCAUGCCUAUCGCCAACGUGAUACGGAUCAUGCGCAGGAUCUUACCUGCACACGCCAAGAUCUCUGACGACUCCAAGGAGACGAUCCAAGAAUGCGUCUCCGAGUACAUCAGCUUCGUAACGGGAGAGGCCAACGAGCGUUGCCAGCGGGAACAGCGCAAGACCAUCACCGCCGAGGAUGUCUUGUGGGCGAUGAGCAAGCUCGGUUUCGAUGAUUACAUCGAACCCCUCACGUUGUACCUCCACCGCUACAGAGAGCUGGAGGGUGGUGAUAGAGGGGUUAGCUACAAUGCUGUUGGUUCCGUUAGCAUGACCAAUGGCAUGGUUGUCAAGAGGCCUAAUGGUAUCGAGUACGGAGGAGCUUAUGGUGGGACUAUGCCAGGGAUUCACAUGGCGUAUCGUCAUCAGAAUGGGUUUGUUUACAAUGGUAAUGAACCUAAUUCUAGAAUGGGUGGUGGUUCAUCAUCUGCAUCAAGUGUAUUUCCAACUCAGCAACAAAAGUACUGAGAAGAAGAAUCAUAACUGUUCUAGUUCAUGAAUUCAAAGUUUUAAGCAUAAACAAUGAUAUGCUUUAUCUAUGUAUCUUCUCCUUCAACGAACCUGGUGUGUCAAUAAAAGUAUCAGUUCCAAACAACAU